GGUUUCAAAACAGUUUACAUAAUCCUAACUUCAGGAUCCAUACGAGGAAGAGCAUUCACUGAUUUCUACCAUCGAUACAGUUCCACUUGAGCUUCGACGUGCUAACUGACGACAUCUUGUGCCAUGUCACGGGAUGUCAGUAUAUCCCUGAACUAUACUGCUCUUUCACCAUUUCACGGAAAGUAUAGAAAGGAAGGCAAGACGGUCGUAGUUUUGGUCGGACUGCCCGCUCGCGGAAAGUCGUACAUCGCCACAAAACUGAGUCGUUAUCUCAACUGGGUGGGCAUUAAUACCAAAGGUGUAAUCCUUUAGAGGCGAAAAAUACCUGAACAAUGUGCACAUGAUUACUUUUCUGGAACGAAUGAGGAUGCCAAUCUCAGUCGUCGUAUGAUCGCAGAAGAAGCUCUUGAUGAUCUCAUCUCUUGGCUAACUGCAGACGGCGAAAUCGGCGUCUUCGAUGCAACAAACACUACACGGGAGCGCCGAAUUUGGAUUGUAGAAAGGUGCAAAACAAAUCUUCUGGAUGUUUUAUUCGUCGAAUCAAUAUGUAAUGACCCAAAAAUCAUUGAAGAAAAUGUGCUCGAAGUCAAGGUUAGUAGCCCCGAUUACAUCGGAAUGGACAGGGAUGAGGCCAUGAAAGAUUUCAUGAAGCGCUUGAAGCAUUACGAUGCGCAGUAUGUUACGAUAGAUGAUGAACUGGACAAGCAUUGGUCCUAUAUCAAGAUAUUCAACCAGGGGCAGCGCUAUCUUGCCAACCGCAUUGAGAGCAACAUUAAUAGUCGCAUUGCGUAUUACCUCAUGAACAUACGAGUGAAAAAACGCACCAUUUACUUGACUCGCCAUGGUGAAACGGACCUAAACGUCGCCGGGCGCAUUGGCGGAGACGGUUCGUUAACUGAACGUGGAAAAACGUUCGCAAGCCUUCUGGGUACUUUCAUGCAGCAAGAAAACCUGAGUGAUCUGAAAGUUUGGACCAGCUAUUUGAAACGUACCAUCCAGACUGCGGAGCAUGUACCAUGUUCAUCAAUCGCUCACUGGAAGGCAUUGGAUGAGCUGGAUGCUGGGGUCUGUGAUGGAAUGACCUACGAUGAAAUUCAGGAGAAGUACCCGGUCGAUUUUGCAAGACGGGAUGCUGAUAAAUAUCACUACCGGUAUCCAAUGGGUGAAUCAUAUCAAGAUCUCGUAGGACGGCUGGAGCCCGUGAUGAUGGAACUGGAGCGGCAGACAUCCGUUUUGGUCAUUUGCCAUCAAGCUGUGGCUCGUUGCUUGUUGGCCUAUUUCGAAGACAAAGAUCACGAGCAACUACCCUACCUAAAAGUGCCACUGCACGCGGUGUUCAAACUGACACCCAUCGCUUAUCGUUGCAUUGUCGAGCAAGUGCAUCUCCAAGUGCCUGCAGUUGAUACGCACCGCCCGAAACCGUCGAGUGCCGGACCCAGUUGCGUCGCAUUCGAAUCUAUAGAGACUGUGCCCGCUAUCUAUUGA